UGACGUAGAUCCUUCGUCGCAGAGUCCGGCUCGACAUCAGAGGCCCGUGUUUUUAGUUCCGACCGCGAAGUCGCAUGGUUUCCUGAAAAACGGCAACAUGAGCGACGAUAACUCCAGUUCUGACUGUCGGAUUCCCCUGAGGAAUCUCGUCAACCUCGUCCAGUGCGUCCGAGACCGAGUGAAAGACGGAGAAUCAAAUGAAUCACAUGGGGAUUUUAACCUGCCUAACUUCUGGGAAACGCUAGCACAAGCUGCCAAAUCCACUUCACAGGAAGCCACGAAACUUAGCCUCGCAUUCUCCAAGCCGCCGCUGCCGUCAGAGCAGGAUGCAGAGAAGAUGGCAGAAUCUUUCCAGAAGAGUAUUUUGGCCCUGUCUACAGUCUACAUGUGGUUUCCUAAAAGCCAAGGCAUGACACUGCGCAGAAUAAUCCGAGACGCCACAGCGCAGGUUCUGGAGGGGGUCGUACAGCUGAUAGACGUCAUCCUCAGCACACCCCUGCAGAGCCUAUCGCAAGAACAGCUCACCUCUACAGGUAGUGUGUGGUCAUCAUGCGACCAGUUUGCUCACCUUCCUAAAGAUAACCAGGCUGCGGUGCUCAGCUUGUUGACCUCUCACAUUGCUGUGGUGAAGGACGCCAUAGAGGAAAUGGAGCAGGCACAAACAGAGGCCCUCGACCCCUUUAGUGACGUCUUGGAUGAUGAGGAUCUGGACUCCCGGGGGAACCGAGACACCUACUGGUCAGAAUCGGACCGGCAGCUCAUGGCCCCGUGUCGGGGCCUGAUGAAGGCGUCCGCGGCGUGCCUGCGGAAGCUGACUGCUGCCGUGAAAUCUAAUGGCAACGUGAACAGUUCAGAGACCAUCGCGCAGCUGGAUGACCUUGCUGACAUCACCAAAGACAUAAGCCCAAGUGUUGAUGAUCUUGCCCUCAGUCUUUACCCACCAAUGGACUACUCUGGAGUGCAGCAAAAUGCAUGCAAGGUGGCGGGCGUAUUGGUGAAGGUGCUGGAGAUCACCAGAGCAAGUCACGUCUGCCUGGAAGCCGACCAGAGCUGGGUGGAGUUUUUGAGUGGAGCAGUCGACCACAACCUGCAGAAAGUUGGCGCUUUGGCGCAGGGCUGUGGCUGACACAGACGCAGACUCGGCCUCAGCCUGCCCAAGACGCUCGAUUUCCGGGGAUUGUGUGAUGUAAUCCUGAAUGCUUCUCCUCUUCUGAACUGUGCCUGCAUGUGGGAUGACUGAGAGCUUUUGCGAAUAUGACAAGAGUCUGACAGUAAUAAAUAUUCACAAAAUCGGGGGAGUAUUCGGGUUUAUGGUAGCAGCCUGUGGUGUUCACAGCUUCAGCUAAUAAUAUAAAUAUAUAUAUAAAAAACA